AUGGCCGAGGACGCAACAAUUGACCAGGUCCUGACCUCGAAGCUCGACACCCGAUUUCUGGACGGCGGCAUAAUUGAACACAGCAACCUUGGGCAUCACCAAGCCACUGAAGAGUCAAAUGUCACCAAAGAACAAUGGAUACCCGACCAGGAAACGCCUACUUUGAGUCGGAGUGGCCGCAGCACCAUACUUCUCCAGCGGAGUGAGGACAGUCCUCUCAAAGUCAGGGUGGUCAAAGAAAUACACAAAUCCAUUGGCGAUGAAGACUAUGUCGACUAUUCUAAAGAGCUGGAGGCCAUCGUGAAGUUCUCAAGAUCAUCGCACUCCCACCUGUUCGUGCAAACGUAUGGCUGGUUCGAGAACUCGACGUCUGUAUUCAUUACUAUGGAGUAUUUUGAACUCAGAGAUCUUAGUCGCCAAGUGUCACAAUCACUCCCGGUACAAGAAGCUCAUCAGAUCGUUUCCCAGCUUCUUGACGGCUUGGACUACAUGCACAGUAAUGGUCUUGUCCACCGGGAUUUAAAACCCUCCAAUAUUAUGGUUGUGUCCAAGACACCCUCGUGGGUUGUGAAGAUCGCCGAUUUUGGCACUGCUAGAAUGAUCAAGAGAGAUCAAGAUGCCACCGCCACACGACCUAUGGGAACAGUUGCGUUUGCCUCACCCGAACAGUUAGGCGUAAUAAGGCCAAACCCAGGCCAUGAGUCUGCAACUGACAUGUGGUCCCUUGGCGUCAUUAUUUUCAAGCUGUUGACCUACACGACGCCUUUUGAAGCCGUAUACGACCUCGUUGGGUAUGUGUCUGGGAAAACUCACCUACCCAUGACGGACAAGCUGCCUCCCGAUACUCCCCUGAAUAUCUCGGAGCUGAUCAGAGAUUUACUUUCUGUCGAGCCUCAGGAUAGGCCAUCGGCACGUGCGUGUAGCAAAAGAGAUUGGAGUCAAGUCAGCCUUGAGCGCCCCGAUAAUCGGGAAAUAGAUCGGCCUAUUGAAAGCAACAGAGAGCCGAAUAUCAACAAAAGUGAACCCGAGAAACUGACUCUCCCCAUUCGUACUAAAGCGGAGGCAGCAAAUAUAUCGCAACCCAUUAAAGAAGGCCCUCUCAAGGGCAAAGAGACUAAAUUGCAGAUCGUUCAAAAGUUUGUUGAAGAAAAUGAUUGGAAUCGGGCACUUCCGCAUAUUAAACACUUGGUCGAGAACAUUGCAUCGGUAGAUGAGACAGAUAAACGGUUGUUGAUCAGCCUGGUCGCUGACACCUACAUCGGAGGCCAUCUUUCAGAGUCUACUUGGUUCGAUCAUCCAGAGAUAAGAGCCGAAAUUGCUAAGCAAAUCGCUGAAGAACUUGGAUUCUUGGAGAAAGAAGGUCGCUACAAAGAAAUCAUAAGCCUUCUGGACCCAUAUAAGCUCCUCCGACCUCAACCUGAGCUGCUCCAAGACACGAGCCUACGCCUGGCAAGAUGGGAAGUGGAAUUUUGCGACAGCCAUGCAUUGGCCUUGUUCCACUUGAAACAAGCCGAUGAGUCCAUCCAUAACCUAUCUAUUUCCCUCGAAGUUCCCGGCCUCGCUCCUGCCGAGAUGGGGAUUCUUCAUCACUCUCUGGCUCUUGUCUCUCUUAGCAAAGCAGACUGGAGCAGUGCAAAAGAGCACGGCAAAUUGUCAUAUGAAGCCCUGCGAGAAGUGGCACAACCUAAUCAUGACAUGAUAUUGGACAGCUUAAAGAUAAUUGUGACAUCUUGUGGAGCUUCCGAUGACCCAGACUUUCCACUGUGGUCACAGACUCUAGCCAGAGAGAAAAAGCAAGCAACGACACCAGCAGGCUCCGAACCCGAGGCUGGCAAAGGGAACAAGGCGACCCGAUUUGGGAACAAGGACAAGGAUGUUUCACGAGCAAAGAAGGAUCUUCUCGAUUGCCAGCGAGAAAUGGCAGACCUUUCCGCCAGUUAUCCUUCAAUGGCCGCUGAGCGAGGUACAAAAUAUAUUCGCAAGCACUUCAAAACGUCAUUUCCACUCUACCGUCGCUGCGAUGCUUGCAUCCAGGCCUACUUCAUGGAUAAUUCCUGCUCAAUCACCGUCAAGACUGGUGGAUCUUUCUGUGAGCAGCACAAGAACCUCAAAACCGACAUGCCUUUCUCUCCGCUUCACUUCUUUUCUAUAUCUCGCCAAGAUGCCGGCCCACUCUCAGGCAAGUAUCGAAGCUGCGUCGAGGAGGUACAGUGCCUUGUUGAACAGGCGAGUAAUAACGAAGAUGCCAUCAACCGGCCCCUCCGUUUUUCUCCCGUCAAGGCAGGCCAUUUCAUGGAGAUCACGCCAAUUUGGUUAGCUGCUUUAGAUGGAAACAAUCAAGUCGUUGAUUAUCUCCUGUCUCUGAAGGCAAUUAAUCCAUAUGAGGGUUACAAAUCUCCCUGUCUGCUGCCAAGUCUGGGUAUCCCGAAAUCGCACCAUGUACUGAUCUUACGUGUCUUCAAUCAAUUGUCCACCACCUCAGCCCUACGGGCAGUCGGAUCAUACCUCCCAAUGAGGGAAGCACGCCCCAACCCCCCAUGGGUGUUCGCCAGUGCAUCUCUUCUGGAUGGAGUCCUCCAAAAAUGUAGGAGAAGGACCAAGGAGAUACAAGUUCCGGUGCAAGUGCGAGAAGGAGAGGCCCCUGUGCAGCUCCCGCUUAUCCAUGGCCUUGCUACGCUACCAGUCACUAUCGUAGAGCACAAGAACUCUUAUUCCUCGCGGCUGGAGCUUUUUGAGACCUUGGUGAAGCACGGUGUCUCUGUUAUUGGUGGUUCUGCGAUCAAAGUGUUCUCCCGUCGUCUUGGCGAAGCCCUGGAGUUUCUUGUCCAACCUUCGCCGCAAUCACGAACCGUUGAUGUGAUUUGUGGCCAGGUAUCAGAUCUAUCACGGAUUUGCCGACAUAUCCAGGAACGACAGUCCGACCUGAGCUUGAAUGACAUGCACUCUAGUUUACUCACCAAUUUCGAGAAGUUGAGGACCAACAUUCACAGGGAGAUUCAAGAAGUCAUGGAGAGGCAUACCAACAAUGACAACCGAGGCUUGAGGAAGGUCUUUAGAGGAAGCCGACUACCUGAACUAACAACCUUGGAUUACGAUCACAAAAAGACCAUGUUUAACAUAUGUGUUGCUGCGGAGGAUGCAUAUGCCUUGUUGCAAAGCCUUGGAUUGCAAGAUGACGAUAAUUCUAUCGAUCAUAUAGACGGCGCUUACCAGCCUCGCCGCUUUUUUGAAGGCACAGAGAAUGACAUUCACGUCUUUCUCCAAGGGGUCAUUCCUAGUGCUAGUGGAAACUAG